AACAUGAACAACAUACAGUCCUCCGGGCCGACACACAUUACACUGAAAGCUGACACGUAAAAGUCAACCCAUUUAUUGACGAACAGGUUCACGAGUAACUACAACAAAGGACACCGAUGUGAGGACGAAAUCUUAGACCAAACGCAUCAAUCUCCAGACGGCAAUGCAUCUAGUACAAGAGUGAUCUUCGUCUGAGAAAUCAAACAUAUACAGUCACUGGAAUCCUGAACAAAUCACCCGACCGUGGAGCUCCCCACUCGCUAAAUCGAACGACUGAGGACCUUGUACGAGUGUAUCUCGAACAAAUAGUGAGUGCAGAAUCAUGCAAAACGAGGUCCAGUCGACUUCUACGAGCGAUUGUGCUGAGUGAAAUGGAUCAUAGCAAGCCAAAAGGUAUGCACAUCUAUAUGAAAACAUCGAAGCAUGGACUAACGAGCUGCUGCGCGCACAAUGAAAAGGAUCCAUCUAGAGUUGUAGCUCGUCUGUGGCGGAACUCUCGACCGAGCUGAGAGCAGAUCCAUGGCGAAUGGCAAAGGUGACUGCGACGACCCUUCCAAACGAGAUGGCCAGUCUGGGACCAGCCAGCUGCUCUACGGCGCUCGUCUCCAGUUUGGAUGCGGUUGACGAACACUGUCGAGCUUACUUGGCUGGAGACUCCGAACCUCCGUUAGCGUAGUAUGGUGUAUGCGUUGCGCUCUGACCGGGGCUUACGGUCUGGACUAUAAUGAUGCCGUCCAGCAUCCUCUAAGUGUUAGUUAGGGCAGUGAACACGCAGUUGCAGUAGCAGAUCAGGAGUCAGGACAGGUUCGUGGGCGAGUUGCAGAGGGACGAGCUGGAAGAGCUGGAAGAGCUUCCAAGGUCCAACUCGUCCUUUCUGAGAGACAGAUUUUGCGCUAGAUUGCAUUCGUUCUGGUCAGUGCGGUCGUACUCUGUAAGCAGCGAAGUUCGGAGCGAUGGCCUCCGCAUCCGAGGAGACCAAGCCUCCUGUCGAAGCUGUCAUGCCCGAUACCGCACCUUCUUCCUCCCAAGCUGACGACGUCCCGGACGAUCAUUUUUCCAAGAUGACUUUGGAUGAAAAGUACGCGUUGGUGCGUAGUAUCGGUGAGGAGUGUAUUCAAGAGGAGGAGCUCCGGAAUCUCCUUGAGAAGAAAAAAGAUCCGGUGGCUUAUGAUGGAUUUGAACCUUCCGGGAGAAUGCACAUUGCUCAGGGAGUGAUGAAGGUAAUUAACGUCAACAAACUUACCAAAGCCGGGUGCAUUUUCAAGUUCUGGGUUGCCGAUUGGUUCGCUCAGCUCAACAACAAGAUGGGGGGAGACUUGAAAAAGAUCCAGACUGUUGGACGCUACAUGAUCGAGAUUUGGAAGGCCGUUGGCAUGAAUAUGGACAGAGUACAGAUCUUGUGGACUUCUGAGGAAAUCAACGCUCGGCCGGAUGAGUACUGGCCUCUCGUUAUGGAUAUUGCUCGCCGCAAUAACCUCUCCCGCAUCAAAAGGUGCUCUCAAAUUAUGGGACGAAACGACGAGGAUGAGCUGACUGCUGCCCAGAUAUUCUACCCCUGUAUGCAGUGCGCGGACAUAUUUUUCUUAAAGGCUGAUAUCUGUCAACUGGGAAUGGAUCAGCGCAAAGUAAAUGUUUUGGCCCGUGAAUACUGUAAUGAUAUCAAGCGAAAGAUGAAGCCAAUCAUUCUAUCACACCACAUGUUGCCUGGCCUCCUAAAGGGUCAAGAGAAGAUGUCGAAGAGUAUGACAGAUUCGGCCAUAUUCAUGGAGGACGAAGAGUCUGAAGUGAAGUCGAAGAUCAACAAGGCCUGGUGUCCUGCUUUGAUUACGGAUGGGAACCCCCUUAUUGAGUACACGAUCUACAUCGUACUUCCGUACUUCAACGAGUUUGUUGUAGACCGGAAAGAGGAGCAUGGUGGGGCCAAGACUUACAAAACAGCUGAGGAGCUGAAGGAAGAUUAUACAAGUGGUGCACUUCAUCCUGGAGAUUUGAAGGUUGCCUUGAUUAAGGCAAUAAACAGAAUACUCGAGCCUGUAAGGGAGCAUUUCAAGACCAAUGCUGAAGCCAAGGACCUACUGAAGAAAGUGAAGAGUUACAAGGUUUCGAGAUAAAGGUUUCCAAGGCAAGAUUGUCCGAGCGGAAGCAGCUAUCUCUUCCUUAUUUUUGACAUGGUAAGAAGGUGCUGCUGUUUAUAGAAGUCUUAGCUAGGAAGGUUAGCUUCUUAUAACUUUCAACCUAUUUACGAGAAAACUCAAGUUAGUAUUGUAGGGGAGGAUAUGUGCGGAAUGGAAUUUGAGUUCCGUUUGAGUACUGUACGUUCAUCCGAAGUUUGAUAGGAUCCGUCACGUAUCUCACAAGUAAAACUCGGAGGAGGAUGCUCGGUUGAGCCCCUUAGAUUUUGACGGGGAUUGUGUGGCAGAGGUUACUAUUGUGGAAUAGGGGUCCCACCUGUUGUGGCACGCACCUCUACCAUAUGCAUUCUUUGUUGCAGCCAAGAUACUGUGGAGAGUUCUACGCACAGCUCGCAAUGCUUGAACAUCGCCUGAAUGCGGUGGCUCCCCUGGAUGCAAUUCCAUAUGAUCCUUAUCUCUAACCAUUCACUUCUAUCUUCUCCAGUUUAUAGAUAUCUGGAUGAAGGCUCCAGCCGUGUCCAGAGACAAGGCCUGGAAAGAAUGAGUAGAACGCGGGAAGAUAGCUCUAGAGCGAACAACUGGCGUACGAAGAGGUUGGAAGCUGUGGCAUUCAAGAUUAUCACCACGCUUCUUUGCUGGAAGUCUCAUGGACUGGUGCCAACACUAAUCUUUUGCGCAUCAGGUCUGAUCGCAUGUUGUUUCUCUGGUGUUGGAUCAUGAAUCAACGACUUCUAUGACGAUCAUCUUAAUGAAUAAUUUUUCUGCCUUCGGCCAUCUCAUUCACAAGGUUUCAUAAAUGGUGUUCUCUGAUACUUUCUUGCAUUCGUAUCGUGCCUUCGCUCCACCCUUACACGCAACUGAUUUUUCUAGAGAAAUUGUUUCUCGAUUCUGAUAAGUGAACAUGGAGCAGAGGAACUAUUGACAAACUUGUCCAAUCCUCAAGGCCCCAAGGAAACACAUGGGAAAUGGUAAAUAGAUGAAGCUCAUCAAAAUGCUAGAAAACACAAUUCAAACAACUGAGAGAACCAAAAGAACCCCUAGCUAGAGCAUCUGAACAAGGGAUGUUAUAAUGCCAUAAGGCCCUAAAUGUAGUGUACAAUAAAACUUUUCAACAAAAACGUUGAAAUACAUUUUAACCUUUACAUAUAUUAU